AUGUCCUGCUCUGCCACUAACAACAAUACUAUUAAUGGCAGUGGUUGUACAACCAAAAAUCCUAGUACUAAUGGUCUCUUGCCAUUCUCGCUCACUAGCUCCUCUCUAUCGUAUCUCUCAAUAACCCCUUCACCACCACCCCUUGGCAAUAUCUAUUCCACAAACCAUCCUCCCACAAUAGAAGAGUGCCGCGAAUGGAUUACCGAACACUGCCACCAACUGGUCGAAGCACUUUCCCCAACCACCCAGCCACUGGCACGCUCACAACAGGAAAUGACAACAUUACUCCAUAGCGUUCGGAUCCUGCUUGAUGCAAUGGAUCAAACCAACCCAGUCCCCAAACAAGAACUCCAAAAGAUCCAGUCUAGGUUUGAUACCUUGAAGACCACGACCACAGAAAAGUUAGAUUCGGAAACAAUGCGCGAAAUGAUUAUGGCUAUUCAGGACAUAUGCCAAACACCUUAUCAACCAACUUCAUUUGUCACAAUACGCGGCGAUACCCUCUUGUCUUUUACUCUCGAGCCACCUCACAUCAUUGCCAACCCACUCACAGCACACGACUAUACAACUCUCUGGCCAGACCAGAUUGAUCCAAAGGCAACCUGGUUUCGACAACAUUUUGUUGGCAAGGCUUAUAUAACCUUGAUUGGACCAAUGUCCUCAAUUUCUGGAGAUCAAUCAUUGAGUCUAUUACAGCAACAACAGCCACAACAACAACAGCAGCAAAGAAAAAAAUCACUCAAUAAUAGUAGUAAUGUACCAGAUGAAACAUAUGGUAUAAUUUCUAUCGUACGAGAAAUGGCAAAGGAAUUUGCUGGACUAGGAAACAAGUCAGCCUCAAUUCUAGGAGCCCAAUUCCGCAUUAUCUUACGUGGUGGAAAGACAUUCACAACAUCUCAACACAUUGUACAUGAGAAAUUGGCAAAGGAUACCCAAACUCACCUAGAAUCCAUUGGUGCUGGACAUACUCUGGAUAGUAUCAAUACAGAGCAAAAAAAGAGCCGGUCCCUUCGAAACCUUUCAUCUUCUCCUAAUACCAAUAGUAAUACCAGCAGCAGCAGCAGCAGCAGCAGCAGCAGUAGUAGUAGUAGUGGUUCAUUUGGAAACCUCAAUUCAACUAUUCAGGCAAACCGGCUGAUGCGUGCUGCAAUAUUGUCGGUUUGUCCUGAUUUGGAUUUACGCCUUUUUAAAGAACUUUCUGCAGAAUCAACAAGUUCGAUGAAGUUGGAAGAUGAUCUCUUGCGGUUUGAUGAAAUAGGGAUCCCAAAGAGGUACAAGUUUGGUGUAUUGAAUGUGUGCGAUGGUCAGACAACAGAAGAAGAAUGGUUUUCAAAUACUGGUUUAUCUGAACCACUCGAAGAAUUUCUGGAUUUGCUUGGUACUCGUGUAGCACUACUAGAAUAUGAUGGAUAUACAGCAGGACUCGACAUCAAAACUGGUGAAUCUGGAGAUACCUCCUAUGUGUCUCGCUGGAGAGAACAUGAUAUUAUGUUUCAUGUAGCACCACUCAUGCCUUUACGCAAAAAUGAUAAGCAACAAGUCCACCGAAAGCGUUACAUCGGAAAUGACGUUGCUUGUGUAGUGUUUGUGGAAGGGAAUCAGGCAUUCGAUCCCACAUCUAUUCGGUCCCAGUUCUUGCAUAUUUUUGUACUUGUCCACCCUGAAAUAGCGUUUGGAAAACCAUGUUGGAGAGUGCAAGUCAUUCGCAAGCAUAAUGUGGUUGAGUUUGGUCCAAUGCUCCCAAGUCCACCCUUGUUUUUUGACAAGGAAGAACUGGCCGGAUUUAUUACAUUGAAACUCAUUAAUGGUGAAAAUGCCGCAUUAAAGUCAGAAAAAUUUUCCGUUCCCAACACAAAAGCACGGACUGGUAUCCUAAAGACGCUUGUUGAUUCUGGUAUCUCCACCCCGACUCACGUACCUCCUCAGUCCUCAAAUAACAACAACAACAACAAUAAUUUUCAUCAUCAUUUGAGCCGAACCCCAAAGGACGACAGUGUGUUUCUGGCAAAAUAUGUCCAGAGAAACAGCCAUGAAGCCUAUGAACGCCCAAAACCACCUCACAUCGAACGGUCCUCGACAAUGGUUCCUUCCGACAGCAGCAAUCUUUGGAAAUUACAGAUGGUCGAACGAACCUUUUCAGGGCGGGUCUCACCAACUCCACCACAACCUUCUCCUUCUCGUUCAAGUUUAUUUCAGGAAUUAAAAAGCCUCGGAAAGCGGCGUAACCAUAACAACAACACUAAUAAUAAUAAUAUUAUUAAUAAUAAUAAUAACAAUACUGGAUCAUCAAAAGAAACUACCACAACUACAACCACAACCACAACAGAGUCAUCACCUGUCACCAAAAAAGAGGGUCAGCCCAAAUCAGUCCCACGUCACUCGAAGAGCAGCCUCACUGAGGGUGUGGACAAAAAGGUGAAUUCAAAGGAAACAGCAAGCCAUGAACUUCGACCAAGACAAGCAAGCCGUAGAACUACAGCUACAGCUACAACUACAAUUGCCUCUCAAUCAACUCCGCCAAAGAGCGUCUUGCAAGCCUCUCAGCCCAAUAUCAUUAGUACCAUCCUAAGCCGAACUCCUCCUAACCACAACCAGAGCGCCCAUGUCAAGUCUCACCAUGAGGUUAGUUCGGUAGCAAAUGUUAUCGAGCACCCCCCUGGCCGUCAGUCAAGGCCAAUCUCCUUGACUGAGUCACUUGCAUCCACACCUCUUUACACCGCUUCAAGAAAAUUAUUCAAUAUGUUUUUUUUUGUAUAUGUUAAAAAUAUAUAA